AUGAGAAGUCUCCUGGAGGGUCUCGGAAGUUCUGUGGUCCUGCCUUGUACUCUAAUUCUGGGGCGAAUCGUUCAGUAUAGCGGCGAGCAAAAGCGAGCGUCGGAUUCGGCACUGUUGGAAAAAUGGGACGUAAUACUCUGCAGUCUUGAGAGAUGGCAGGGCGGUGCUUAUACGAUCUGUCGCGUGCUCUCUGUCGAGCAAGUGCAGCGAGCUGUGUGGGAAGAGCAAGCGAGCUGUCUGCACCUCUGUCCACCCGCCUGCAUGAACAUCCACGAGUCCAUAUUGAUCGGCUCGGCUGAAGAUGGAUCGGCACUACUGCCACAACCUCCAAUUGAGUUCCAUCGGAAGUCUGCAGACAUAGUAGUAGAGCUGGACCGUCGGAACGACCCACUAUACACACUGCGAACUAGUGUUGUAAAUAUACGGUACACCAAGGAUUUUCUACUUACCUACAAAUCUGAGUGA